GAUGGAUGUUAAAAGCCAAAGCUGGUUCUCUACAGGAAUGAUGGAGCAGUUUCCCAAGGCUGCAGUGUGGCUCAGUGGCAGAAACGAGUAUUUCUGACUUUCUCUUCCUAUGGGUUCCCUAUCUAAAGAUAAAGCACAGAGGUCUGGGUGGUAGCAUAUUAAUUAUGAACUAUUAUCUCUGCCAGCACGCUAGUCGUUUAUCAUUUAAUAAAUCUGAAUCUCCACCUUGGGACUGAAUGACUCAUCGUAGUUUUUCUAUAUCUUCCUUUGCAUUGUUUCUGAGUCGUCUAAUGUUGAGGAUGAAAAGCAAUCACGCAAAUAGGGACAAAUGGGAAGCAUUUGUGCUCUUCAUGGCUCUUCAAAAUGUUUCAAGUUAGAUUCUGCUGUCUUUAAUUGCACAGUUUGCUCCCUUUUAUUGGGCUAUCUUGGUUUUACUGUAGAUUGUACUGGUAGGGAGCAUUAUAAGAACAGUAAUUUCUUCAUUACAUUUUUCUAGGGCUUUUAAUAGAUUUAUAAAGCACAAGAGAUGAAAAAGGCCCAUUAUCGUAUUGGGUCUUCUCCGGGUAGUACAAGAUAGUUUGGUUUGUUAUACUUCUUGACAGUUUUCCUGGUCCCAUUUUAAAUAAAUCCUGCAGCUUAAUUACCUCUGCUCAGGUUCUGUCCGAGUACUUUCCAAAUUCCAAACCCCUCGUCCCCGAGGGAGCUCCCUAAAUAGUCUUGGUGUUGCAGCUUCUUUAUUUUUAGAGCCUGAAUGCGAAGAAUAACAUCUAAAAAGCGAUGUUUUUGUCCUUGUUGGAACUGGCAUCAAAGCGUAGGCUACAAACUAGUGUUUACAAACGUACAAGGCUACAUCAAAUAUUAACGUACAGUGAACCUUCGGCUGCGGUCGCUCGAUACCACGGUACCGGAGCAGAAAUUAACUGGAGGGGUGAAUCUCCAUGAAGCUGGGGGCGGGAGGGUUCUGUACACAUAGCUGGGGGCGCCGCGGGGCAUCUCCAGGUUCCACAGGUCCGUUGGAACCGUUGGGAGUUGAGCAGGUGCCCACAGCUUUGCUGCUUCCCACUUGCACCCUCCUGGCCCCAUCCCGCUGGGCCGUAUGCGUGCUGCUAAGCUUCACGCUUCGGCAGGACUAUCCCAAAGACUAAGCAGAGAGAUGGAACAGAAUGUCUCGGAGAGAAUCGUCACCGUCCCGGCAGCAGACUGCGAUGUACUGAGUGCCUUAGACUGGAAAGACGGCAUUGGUACCUUGCCUGGUAGCAACAUACAAUUCCGUUUAAAUGAGUUUGGAAUGCUAGAAAUCAUUACUGAAGUAGAAGCAGAAGCCAUAAAAACUCUUUCAGCCUCAGCAAUAAAUGCCAGCCCAACCAGCUUUGCUCCUGCUGCUGUCAACGCUUCCGCUGCCUCUAGCACUGAUUUGGAAGUGUCCAAAGACAACUUGCCCUGUUCUGUUUUCCAAACCCGUGGUCAAAUGGAUUGCUUUGCGAAUGGAAAGUUUUGUACUCAGACAGGCUCUCAGCAGCACAGGGACAGAAACAGGGGAAAUAGCAGAAAUCCUAAUGUCAGCAUUGGCUGUCAGAUGAAUGAGGUUGACAGACCUGCCAAACGUCUCCGAAGGAAGAGAAGACUGCUUCUGGAGUCUGAGGAUGAUGAGGAAAAUGCAGAUGAGGAUGAGGAGAAGAAUAAAUCAAAUAAUAUGAAAAGCCGCAGAAACACUAAACCAAUAAAACAAGUUGUUCCUGCAAAGAAGAAGGUAUGGAACUGGGUUUCCUACUUAGAAGAGGAACGGAUGCCAGCUGCUCCCCUAAAACUGUUCAGAGAGUAUCAAUUAUUCCCACAAGGCCGAAAUGGAUUUAAAGUUGGAAUGAAAUUGGAAGGGCUGGACCCUGAACACCCAUCUCGAUUCUGUGUUCUUACAGUGGCUGAGGUACAAGGGUAUAGAAUGCGAUUACAUUUUGAUGGUUAUCCGGAGUGCUAUGACUUCUGGGUUAAUGCUGAUUCCUCAGACAUCCAUCCUGUCGGCUGGUGUGAAAAAACAAGCCAUAAGCUGCUCCCUCCUAAAGGUUUCAAGGAGGGAGAAUUUAAUUGGGCUUCCUAUUUGAAGAAUUGCAAAGCUCAAGCAGCUCCAAAAAGCCUUUUUAAGACCCUCAGCACUCCUGUCACACCAUCUGGUUUUCGUCUGGGAAUGAAACUAGAGGCAGUGGACAAGAAGAAUCCGUCACUGAUGUGUGUUGCAACCAUCACUGACAUGGUGGAUAACCGCCUGCUAGUUCAUUUUGAUAACUGGGAUGAGAAUUACGACUACUGGUGUGAAGCUAGCAGCCCAUAUAUUCGUCCUGUUGGCUAUUGCCAAGAAACUGGAACCCCGCUGACAACACCACCUGGAUACAAGGAUCCUAAAGCCUUCUCAUGGCAGAAAUACUUGGAAGAAACUAAUUCCCAGGCAGCCCCAGCAAGAGCAUUCAAACUGCGUCCUGCUCAUGGAUUCCAAGUUAAUAUGAAGUUAGAGGCUGUAGACAAAAGAAAUCCCAUCUUGAUAAGAGUAGCAACGAUAAUUGACAAAGAUGACCAUCGUAUUAAGAUACAUUUUGAUGGCUGGGACCGUAAUUAUGAUUUUUGGGUCGAUGCAGACAGCCCUGAUGUUCAUCCAGUAGGCUGGUGUGCAAAAACUGGACAUGCUUUGCAAGUCCCUCUAGGUGCUGUUGAUCCUGUGGGAACUGUGGGACAAGCGUGUCCUACUCCAGGCUGUCACGGUAUUGGUCAUGUCAGGGGACCACGAUAUGGAACACAUUAUACGUUAGUUGGCUGCCCAUAUUCUGAUGUGAACCUCAGCAGAGAAAACUCGUUACAGGACCGCCUGAGCGGGGAAAAACCUUCCUCUGGCAAUAGCCUUCAGAAAGCCAAGAGGAUAGAGACCCCUGCCCCAGUCCUACUGGGAACAGGAGAGUCUUCUCAGGAGGACUCUCCACACUCCAGAAAAUCUGCACAAGACAGUGAAAAGUCAUGUCAAAGCAGUGUUCACAGUCUGUCGGAACAGUCUGAAAACAAUCAAGAGAAAGACUGGAUAGAAGAGGAAUCGUCUGCAGACAUCAAAGCCAAACCGAAAAAGCUUGGAUGCUCACAUGCCUAUAUAAAGUUCCAGCUGGCGAAACAGGAAAACAAUGGGAAAGACCCUGAUUUUGAUCUCCAGCAGGCCCUCCACCAGUCCAUCUUCAUGCCUUCCCUGACCUCUAACCCAACCCACCGCCUCCAUCUCUGCUGGGAGCAGCACUGCAAGCUCUUGCCAGAGGUCUCGGGCCUCACAGCCAAGCACGUGGCCAAAUGGACUGUGGAAGAGGUGGUGAGCUUUAUCCAGCGUCUACCUGGUUGCAAAGAACAAGCAUCUGUGUUCAGGGAAGAGCAGAUAGAUGGUGAAGCCUUUCUGCUCCUGAACCAGACCGACAUAGUUAAAAUACUCAGUAUCAAACUGGGUCCUGCCCUGAAGAUCUACAAUGCCAUUCUCAUGUUCAAGUCUGCAGAAGAAGAGUGAGAAGAGCCCUUCGGCAGAGCCCAAGAGGAAUUGACAGGGAACAGAUCUUCCACCGAGAGCAUUACAACGUGCCCAAGAGGCAGACUUGGACUCAGAUAUAUUUUAAGUAGAACUUAUUAAAAAAUAUUUUGAGGACAUAAAAA